AUGUCGGCAUCACUAGCUAUGAAAGACCGGGACCCCCGAUGGCCUCCAUCCACUGGGGCUGCGUUCACCAGACCUCCAAUUUCAAGCUUCCCUAGCAUAGGCACGACUCGAAAACCGACUGUUGGAAUACCGCAUUGUUUCAUCAUUUCCCAAAGAGGAAGAUGUGAGAAGACAUGUUCACGUAAGUGCCAGGCACGAUGUCCCUGCCAGAAUGGAGGAAUCUGUCGCGGUAAAGGCAUCUGUGCUUGUCCUCCUAGCUGGACGGGAGACGUUUGCACGGAGCACUGCCCCAAGGGAAGGUUCCCCAACUGCGCCGAGGAGUGUGUCUGCCACAACAGAGGCAAAUGUGGCCCUGAAACCGGACAGUAUCAGUGUGCCAAAGGUUUCACAGGAAGCAGGUGUAACGAAGAGUGUACGGCGGGCAGCUACGGUCAGGACUGCAAAGGCGUGUGCGACUGUGCUAACGGCGCUCGGUGUUACAACAUCGACGGAGGCUGCCUGUGUGAGCCGGGCUUCAGAGUUCCUCACUGCAGGGAGAGGAUGUGUGCUCAUGGAAAAUACGGCAUGCACUGCAAACGGACAAGUCUCUGCCAGGACAAACACUCGCUCAGCUGCCACCCAAUGAAAGGCGAAUGUACGUGCCAGCCAGGUUGGGCAGGACUCUACUGUAAUGAAACAUGUGCGCACGGUUUCCAUGGCGACGGCUGCCUGGAGCCUUGUUUGUGUGUGAACGGAGGCGUGUGUGACAGCGCCACCGGCAAAUGCCAGUGUGCCCCCGGGUACACGGGUCUUCACUGCGAGAAUCCCUGCAAAAGCGGAACAUAUGGGAAGAACUGCACUCUGGAGUACGCCUGCAAGAACUUCAUCAACUGCUCACCGGUUGAAGGGACUUGUUUCUGCAAAGAAGGUCCUCGCUGCAGUGAGCCGUGCUCCGAGGGUCUGUGGGGGCGCCACUGCAACCAGACCUGCUUCAAACACUGUCCCAACAGCGACACCUGCCUGAGGGAGACUGGGGCAGUCAAGUUUAAGGGCCUGGGACUUAAACUGUUGAUGCAAGUAGCACAGAUUAACUACACAUAA